GCUCGCUUUCUUUGUGUUGAACAGCUAAGCAUUCAUCAGCGAAUUUAUAUGUAGUACCGAGUAUUUUAACGAAAGGGUAUCAUUGAAUCGUCAUCAUUGAGAUCAUUGGUUAAAUAGAAAAGACUGCUGAUUGAUUUUUCUGCAACAACUGAUUAGAUCUCAUCUUGAGAAGUUCAUUAAAAUCACAUCAUUUGAGUCAUCAACCGUACACGAGUAUCAAAAUUUUUUUGCAGUGGGCAAUUGCCAUUAUCUCAAAAAACUGGUGGGCAAUUGCCUAAUUGCCCACUAUCUGGAUACGCCACUGGCUCCCAUAUCCAAUAUGAUAAUAUUCUCAACGGGUGCUGAAAAAGUUCUGGUAUAAUUUUGUUUCCACUACUAUAUCUUACAUGGUAGACACGCUUUUUGUUUUUAUUAGAAAGAGUAUGCUCUGAAGUAUAUAUCGGCAUACUUUUGUAUGCUUCAGUCAUAUUCGUUGAUGAAAAAAGACAAACAAGAAGUACUGACAUUACGCGUUGUACACUUCUAUAAAGACGCUUCCGUAGUAACUUGAAAACUACAUAAACUUUUUUCAAAAAGGUUAUAAUUAUUUAACUAGAUAUCGAAUAAUAUGUUACAAAGGUAUGAACAGUUUGUAACACCAGAAGAUUUGCCUCGAUCUGAUCGUUCACGAAAAUUAGGCAAUAAAAAUUUGGCGCGAAUGACGUAUAAUUUAAAUAAUAAGAGUGAAAUUAGUCAAAAAUAA